AUGAAGGUCCUCCUCCUCGGCGCGACAGGCAACUUGGGCUCCCGCCUUGUCUGUGCUCUUCUAACGCACGGCCACAUCGUCACAGUCUUCGUCCGGUCAUCACGGAAACUCGAAUCAUUGCUCCCAUCAUCGAUUUACCAACAGAUCUUGAUUGUCGAGGGUGAUGCGACGAACACGGCGGCUGUAAAGGCCUCAAUCCUGGAAUCGAAAUGCGAAGCCGUAGUCACAGCGGCUGGUGUUGCUGCCGCGGCGCCUUGGGGCAGCAGCGACCUGCCAAAGAUUUUUCGUUCAAUCGCAGAAGCUGUACAGCAGGCCGGAGAGGAGAGGAAGCAGCCCUUGAGAGUCUGGUUCUUGAGUGGGAUGAGUAUAUUGCAGGUCCCGGGAACGAAGAACAUGAUGUCGGACUAUGUUCCAGUAUUUCUCGAGCAUCGCGGGAACCUGAAACUCCUGCAGUCGCUGCCACCGAACUCGGUCGACUGGUCGCUAUUGUGUCCUAUGACCAUGACGGAGGAGUCGAAGGACCUUACAGUGCCGACUAAGCUCAAGCAGGGCCGGGUGGUCGCCAAUACCACAACGCCACCAUUGUGGAAGAAAUCUUGGAUCAAUUCUAUCCCAUUAAUCGGCAGCUUUCUGAGCGUGGCGAUGAAUGCUAGUCGGUAUACGACUACUCUGGAGCAGAAUGCGGACCUCAUUGCAACCGAUCUUGAGACAAGGGAUAGUUCUUACAUUGGCAAGAGAGUUGGCGUCAUUGGUGCUUCUGCUUGA